CUGUCGUUCAUAAUUUUGGCAGGAAUCUGCGCCUGUCUCUACUUCCUCUUCCUUUGUUUCAUGGUGUUUCAAGUCUUCCGUAACAUCAGUGGGAAGAGGACAUCCCUACCUGCCAUGUCUAAGGCCAGACGUCUCCACUAUGAGGGUCUCAUCUUCAGGUUCAAAUUCCUCAUGCUCCUCACUCUGUUCUGUGCUGCCAUGACUGUCAUCUUCUUCAUCAUCAGCCAGGUUAACCAGGGUCACUGGCACUGGGGCGGACACACGGUGCAGGUGAACAGUGCCUUCUUCACGGGCAUCUAUGGCAUGUGGAAUCUGUAUGUCUUCGCCAUCAUGUUCCUCUACGCACCUUCUCACAAACAUUAUGGGGACGAACAGUCGAGUGGCCAGUGCAUCACAGUUGAUGAAGGCGUGAAGAGCGGCGAGAACAUCCAGCUGACCACCACCGUCACCCACGUGGACGGUCCCACUGAGCUCUACAGAAUGAUGGGCAAAGAGGCGCAGGAAUAGAUGACGUCCUGUCUGAGGCUCCCUCACACCUCCUGCUGCUUUAACCACAUCUGUGGAUCGAAACGCGUUCCCGUUGGGAGGAGCUUAUUUAUUCAGCAUCGUUACCAGAACAGCAACACUCCUGUCGGUCCUUUCAUUUCAUUGUGAACUUUCUCUCCACAUUUCAUAUUUUAUGCAGUUUGUAAAUGUUGCUCAGCUGUUUCACCUCUACAGGUGCUGAAGAGCUGCUUUAUGAAGAGGUUCAGAUGCAGCAGCCUGGUCAAACCUCUGUCUCCCGAAGCCUUUCAGCCGUUUAGAGCCUUUAGGUGUAAGUCGCUGCUCUCGUUGGGGGGCGCGUACGGACCACAGGGCCACGUUGGGAAAUGCAUACUGUGUGUUUGUCAUGUUACAGUGUUUAUCUAUUUUUAUAACUGCUUUUUUUAGUUUCAUAUACAGUUUGCAUGAAACCAGAUUUUUAUAGCUGACUACAUGUUUAGAUUGGUCUCCACUUGUACGUUCAUUUGAAUAAAAACCUCCUGCUAUUCGGGUUUUUAUCUGUUUAA